AAUAAAAGUCAUUCCAAAACAUUCUUUUAAUCUUAUUUUUCAGAAUCUCAGCAUCCGAACCAAACAGGACCUUAUCCUUCCAUUUCAGAAUUACGGGCCAAAAGGCCCAUUUUAUUCACCAAUGGGCCAUUGUUGGAGGCACAAAUCCACUUCAUUUCCUCUUCAACUUCAUCUCACCGACAAUCUGAUCCAAGAAAGACUGAAGAUAAUAUCAAUGGCCGGCAGAGGCGCAGCGCUGGUCACUCAGAUUUCGACCAAUUGUACGUCAGUUUCAUCUCCCCAGAGGCAGAGGCUGGGUGAUUCGUUCGUGCGAGUCAGUCUUCGCCCCGGAACGACGUCGUGUCAGAGAAUAUCUCUGGUCCGAGCUUCGCCCGAGCCCCAGAAAGGAGGAGGAGGAGAUGGUGCUGCUGCUAAUGACGAAGGAAUAUUUGUUUCUCAGGAGGACUGGCAGUACUUGGCGAAAUUAGGGGCGGGUUCGGUUGCAGGUGCAGCAGCGAUCAAAUAUGGGAGCAUUGUAUUCCCAGAAAUCACACGCCCAAAUCUCGCACAGGCCUUGCUUAUGAUCUCUGCUCCUGUUGUAGUUGCUGUCUGGCUCUUGAUCAAGCGAAGUCGUCUUGAUUGACUGGCUCCCAGGAUGUUAUGAAACAAUGUCGUCUUGUUAUAUAUUCGGAUAUUGCGACUCCAGACUCUAUGUUGCAUUCUGCUUAAUAGUUGAAAUCAACCAACGUUUACUAGCAUUCACGUGCUUGCUAGUGUCCCUAUCGGGGCUAUCCCGUGCGCUAGCAAUCAAUUGCUUCUUGCAAAUGUUGCCUGCUCGAUUUAGUGUUUUUGUUGCUUUGUUAUCACUACAUUGCCAUUGUUGCUGGCUGGUGGAGAUUUGAUUGCUGGCUUUACGGCAAAAGUAGUCUUUUAUUGUCGGACUACUGCUCCUUCCCGCACCUCGCAAGAGGUGGUAUCAGCUUAUACAUAGAUUUCACAGCUCUUGAAGUUCAUUUC